AUGUCCUCCUCAGAUUCCUCAUGUUACACCGUGGUAUUUGAAUCUGGCGUCGAAUACCCAUCUACUCAAGAACUACGUCAGGCUCUCGAGAAAGGGUCAGACGAAGUUAAGAUUGACACGUUGCGCAAGAUUAUUACCUCGACCAUCAAUGGAAAUCCUCAACCGACCUUGAUGAUGCCGAUUAUCCAGUAUAUUAUGCCGUCGCGGAAUAAGCAACUCAAAAAGCUAUUACAUUUCUAUUGGGAAGUAUGUCCAAAGUACGAUGAGAAUGGCAAGCUGAAACAAGAGAUGAUCUUGGUCGUGAACGCCGUCCGCAAUGACUUGCAACAUCCAAACGAGUACAUUCGUGGUGGCACCCUUCGAUUCCUUCAGAAAAUCGCGAAAGACGCAGAACUGCUCGAACCACUUAUUCCUACCUGCCGAUCUUGCCUAGAACACCGACACUCCUACGUCCGCAAAAAUGCGGUCUUUGCAGUCUAUUCCAUAUAUCGCCAAUUUGAGAACCUCAUACCGGAUGCACCAGAGAUGAUGCUGACGUUCCUCGCCGCCGAAACGGACUCGACGUGUAAAAGGAAUGCAUUCGUAUUUUUGGCUCAGUGUUCGUUGCCCAAGGCAGUGGAAUGGAUAUCGAACGUGUAUGAUAGCAUACCGGCGAUGGAUGAACAGCUGCAGUUGAGCAUUAUAGAGGUGAUUCGGUUAGAUUGCAAGAACGAUUCAAGCAAUAGGGCCAAGUACAUUCGCUGCAUAUUCGAACUCUUGAAUGUCUCCUCACAUGCUGUGAAAUACGAAGCUGCGACAACAUUGACUAUUUUGACGCAAAAUCCGGCUGCCGUCAAAGCCGCCGCUUCAUGCUUCAUUACACUUGUAAUCAAGGAAUCUGACAACAAUGUCAAGCUCAUCGUUCUCGACCGCCUUGAUGGCCUUCGUGGCAAACAUGGACUUAUCCUCGAUGGACUCAUUAUGGACGUUCUCCUAAUCCUUUCAAACUCAGACAUGGACGUUCGUCGGAAAGCUAUCAGCAUCGUUCUCAGUAUGACAUCGAGUCGGAAUGUCGAAGAAGUCGUUCUCUUUCUUAAAAAACAGCUCCUGAAGACCCAAGAAGCCGAGUUCGAAAAAGCCUCCGAAUAUCGCCAGCUCCUCAUUCAAAGCAUUCAUGUCACUGCCGUCAAGUUCUCGGAAGUGGCGGCGAGUGUCGUGCACGCUCUGCUCGAGUUCCUUAGUGAACCUAGCACGGCGGCUGGUCCAGGAACAUCUACUGUGUCUGCCUCCGCUUCAGCGUUGGAUGUUGUCGCUUUUAUUCGUGAAGUUGUGGAGAAAUUCCCUGCUCUCCGAUCCGAAAUUUGUUCGAGACUCUCUCAGACGUUGCCGGAGAUACGCAGCGGGAAGGUGUUCAGGGGUGUGCUUUGGAUAUUAGGAGAGUAUGUGGGCGAUGUGGAGUCGAUAAGGGAGGUACUAUCCGAGAUGAGAAGGUGUAUUGGUGAUGUUCCGAUUGUCCCUCAGGAGGAGACCGCCGCUACUGAAGAUGGAGCAGAUGCAGAGUUGUCAGAGAAGGAGAAGGCUGAGCGGAAAGAAAAGACUAAACCGAAAAUUUUAGCGGAUGGGACAUAUGCUACGGAAUCAGCUUUCACCACCGGUUCCAACCAGACGAGGGUGGAUAUAAAGUUCGGUUCGAAGACACCGCUUCGAACACUGAUACUGGGUGGUGACUUUUUUACUGGCGCCGUCUUAUCUGUCGCAUUGACAAAGCUUGUUCUACGAUUCCAUGGUAAGGAUACGGGAAAGGCGAAGAGUGACGCGAAUAUGAUUCGCGCUGAGGCCAUGCUCAUAAUGACAUCCAUCAUUCGCGUGGGCCAAAGUCGCUUCGUGAACGUCCCGAUCGACGAAGACUCGAGCGAGCGAAUCAUGAACUGCUUACAAACUCUCAGCGAACUUCAGGAAAUACAAGUUGUCCAUGAAAUUUUCUUGGACGAUACGAAACAAGCGUUUGAGCGAAUGCUUGCUUCUCAAGAGAAAAGAGCGGCGGAGAAGAAAGAAACAGAGUCGGAGAAGAAGGUAGCUGUUCAAGUUGAUGAUUUGUUGUCAUUCAGACAAUUCUUGAAGAAGGGCGCUGACGAUGCUAUUGAUUACGACGAAGAUCUUGGGAAAGCAACCGGGGCAGGGGAAAAUCAGGAAGACUUCAUGUCCAACUUGAGCAGAAUAACUCAGCUCACUGGUUUCUCCGACCCUCUCUACGUAGAAGCAUACGUAAAAAUGCAUGGAUUCGAUAUCAUGCUUGAUGUGCUUCUCGUCAACCAGACACCAAAUACGCUACAAAACCUCUGUCUGGAUUUCGCUACCCUCGGUGACCUCAAAAUUGUCGAACGUCCGUCGGUGUACACAAUCGGACCUCAUGGUUUCCAGAGUAUCAAAGCUACCAUCAAGGUGUCUUCGACUGAGACUGGUGUCAUUUUCGGAAGCAUCCUGUGGGAGGGGCCGAACAUGUCUGAAGCUUGUGUCAUUUUGAAUGAUAUACACAUCGAUAUCAUGGACUAUAUCAAGCCUACUUAUUGUAACGAGGCGCAGUUCCGAAGCAUGUGGACCGAGUUUGAGUGGGAGAAUCGGGUGAAUGUCAAUAGCCUUGUAUCUGAACCCAGAGAAUAUCUUCAGCAUGUCAUGAAGGCGACGAACAUGUCUUGUCUAACUCCGGAUGGUGCACUGUCUGGUGAAUGUGACUUCCUCUCUGCAAACAUGUAUGCUCGCAGCUUGUUCGGUGAAGACGCGUUGGCGAACUUGAGUAUAGAGCGAACGGAGGCUGGCACAAUUACAGGACACGUCCGAAUUCGCAGUAAGACGCAAGGCAUUGCACUCUCAUUGGGUGACAGAAUUACGAUGGCGCAAAAGGACAGUAAACCUCUGUCUGUUUAA